AUGGGAAAGAUUCACCCCAGCCACCCGGACCAUGAACUCCAGCUCAAAUGCUUUGAAAAACCCUACACCUGUGAUGGGUGCAAGCAGCGAGGCAUUGGAUCACGAUACAGAUGUGAUCUCUGCAACUUUGAGCUUCAUGAAGAAUGUAUGUUCGCAAGCCCUACUGCUCACCACGACUUCUUCAAGAACUCAGACUUCAAAUUUCUAUAUCAACCUCCAGGUCAGGAAUACUUUCGUGAAGAUUAUCGAUACUGUGACGCCUGUGGUCAAACUGUGAAAGGUUUUGUCUAUCACAAUGAAAAGAACGGGUGGGAUUUGCAUCCUUGUUGCCAAAAAUUGCCCUGCAAGGUACCCAUUGAUGGUGUUCGGUUUGAGCUUUGUAAAAAGGUAUUAUCGAAGUGCCAUUGGUGCAACAAGAAAAAGCCUGAUGGCAGUGUAUCCAAAAUUAGGGGGUGGUCUUAUGUAUCCAAGUGCAACAAAUAUCACAUUCAUGUGAAUUGUUUCAAAGAAAUGGUUCUGGAGGGAUGGGAGAAUAGGGCUUGCCAGGAUGAUUGUAGUUUGACUUUACAGAACUUGGAGCUUCCUCUUCAACGUAAGAAUAGAAAUCAAAGAAAUGGUAACAAAUUUAGCAUGAUGGUGAAGAUUUUCUUCAAAACCAUUGCAGCUAUUCUUCUUGGCGAUCCAACCAUUAGCCUAACUUGUCUCCUGGUGAAGUUCCUCUCAAAAUGA